UCAGGAGGUUAAUACAGUCGCUUGACUUCAACGACCCGUGAAAGGCAUAAAUAGCAGACUGCAGUGGUCAAGAUUUGCAGUCCACCCUAAAGACAGCCUCGGCUCAGCUGAUCUCCUCUCCUCUCCACUCCUACAGCACUGCAGACCAAGGCACAGAAUGGCAAAGAUGUCAUAUGUCCAUACAAAAGGUCUCCUGGGUUGGCUGGCCACUCUGUCUGUGCUGUGCAGAAUCCUGGCAAUGCCUGUGGAGGUAGACCCGGAGUGUUCUACCACCAGUGCCAAGUAUGUCCUGGUAUUCACAGGCAUGUGGAGCCAGACAGCCUUCCCCAAACAGUAUCCCAUGUACAGACCACCAGCACAGUGGUCCCAUCUAAUUGGUGUGACACACAGCUCUGACUACCACAUCUGGCAGAAAAAUGAGUUUGCCAGUAAUGGUGUGAGGGAGUUUUCUGAGAAUGGUGAAGCUUGGACGCUCAUGAAGGAGGUGCAGGCGGCCGGAGAACGAAUCCAGAGUGUCUAUGGGGUAUUUUCUACUACAACUGUUGUCAACGGAACAGGCCAAACUUCCUCUGAGUUUGAAGUUUUCACCAGGCACUCCUUUCUUUCCUUCAUAAUACGGAUUGUGCCAAGCCCCGACUGGUUUGUGGGUGUGGACAGCCUUAACUUUUGUGAGGCAGGCCAUUGGAAAGAGAACAUAACGCUAGACCUCUUUCCUUAUGAUGCUGGCACUGACAGUGGCUUCACCUUUUCCUCCCCCAACUUUGAGACCAUCCCUCAAGAGAAGAUCACAGAGAUAACAUCAUCAUUCCCCAGCCACCCAGCUAACUCCUUUUACUACCCCCGGUUGAAGCACCUGCCUCCCAUAGCCCGGGUGACUCUCACAAAGGUCAAGAGUAACCACAUCUUCAGUCUGCCCCUUGAGCCUACCCAGUCCAACCAGAUUCCCACUGGCAACGAGAUUGGGCAUUCUCUAAUAAAUACACCACUGGACUGUGAGGUGUCAGCUUGGUCCCCCUGGGGCCUGUGCUGGGGAAAGUGUGGAGAGUCUGGGGUGAUGCACAGGACCCGCUACAUCCACCUGCACCCCGCCAACAAUGGGGCAGCCUGCCCUCCACUGGAGGAGGACAAGACCUGCGACCCUGAUAACUGUGUGUGAGGCAAGGCCAUAUCAGAGGGUCCAUGGGUGCAGAUAUUUCAUGUUUUGCUGCUUAGCGGCAUCUAGAGCACUAGGUCUGGUACACCAAUUCUGCAUGUACUGCCUUUUUCAAUUGUUGAAUCCCUGGGUAGCUUUCAGUGAAAUUCUAAUGUAGAAUGUUUAGUGGAGGUUAUCUCCUAAGCCAUCUAACUGGGUGGAAUCAAAAUGAGAUUUUAUAAAUCUCAGUGCUGGUGUAGUCUUAUUCAGAGGGCUUGAGGUAUAGGCAGCCUACUCUCACACCAAGCCUUUAUUUCCUCUUCCCCAUACCUAAAGAGGCAGCCAGAACAGCAUCUUGAAACUGAAAGUAAGUCACAGUUAUAGGUUGCUUAGUGAACAAAUCCGUAAUAGUCUCCACCAAAACCACAGGAGAUAUAUGUGAUUUUUAAGGUUUCAUAUCUAAAAUUGCACAUUCACAACAGGACAGUUUGCUUGAAAUUGAAAUUGUGACUGUCAACACAUUUUUAACAGAAUCAUUUGCAAUGUUGUAAAUAUAUCUAUGGCCAUAGAGAUUGUGCUCUUAAAUGACAUCACAGUAUUGUGAUGAAUCUACAGUAUUCUGUAUUAUCAUGUACUCCACAUUGAGAGUAUUAUGUACUCCACAGUGAGGAUAGCAUCUUUUCCACUGUAGAAACCAAAUAUUCCAUCACAUGACUUAAACCAAGAAAAUAAAAUGGAUAAUCUAGAACUGCUUGGCCAAGGAUGUCAAAAGUGCAGAAACUCCCCAUUAUAGAAAACAGUAUCUAGCCUCAGGAGCAACAGGAGCAACAGGACUUGUUGAUAGACAGUACCCUCUAGUGGUUAAAUCAUUAAUGCACAUGCUGUCAGACAUCUAUUGAUCAAAUAAAUUAGAAAAGUGUUGUUCAUGAAAAUGUUUUCAAAAAAUCAUUGUAAAGUACCUGAAGGACUUUGUUUCUCUUAGUUAAUAUUAAAUAAA